UGUCAUGAGUAGUCCAACUUCUUCUUCGGCCAGUUGAAUCCAAACACCGGCAUGACUUUGUACCCGCUAGUCAUGGGGAUGACAUCGUACCUUAAGUACUAGAAGCGCGCCAAAUUCGAAACUAAUCGUCCCAAAAAGUACCAGCGGUCCGGGUGUCUUUCACGUGCGAGCGAUAUAAACAUGACAAUUUUGGCGGAUCCGAAUCUCAAUUUUGAUCGCUGAUACAUUUGUGUCCCAAUUUUUGUGUGAUAAAUUCAUGUGAAAACCCUAGAUUUUAAUAUUUAUUUGAAUAGAGUUUAUUGAACCGUUUCUGGUGACCUGCAAGAUGCAACCAGCUUCACUCAUCACCUUUGUGUCAUUCAUCCUGGAACUGUGCAAUGCAUCUCCUGUUUAUAAUAUGCAGCCAGCUUUCAUAACAACACAUAUAGGAACGACUGGUAGGAAUAUAAGAAACUUGCCAUGUGUAUCGAGAAAAACGAACGAAAAGGGUAUUUGCAUGUUUGCAAUAAAUUGUUUGAAAGCAAAUGGAACACACCUUGGUACCUGUAUAGACAAAUUCUAUUUUGGUUCAUGUUGCCAAUUACCUACUGUAAAUGAAAUAGAUAAUACCAUAGAUACGGAUAUCAUUCCUUCAAGAGAACCUCCCUACAGACUUUCUACAAUGAAACCUGUCAUCACAACUCUCAUCCAUUCAACAUCAUCUGACGUAGAAUCUACGACUUCGACUACCACUCAAAAAUCCACAACGUUAUCAACCAAAGAACAAACAACAACAACUGAGUCAAAAUUAUCGACAGAGUUCAUUAUUCAAAAUUUUACGAGGUUACCAUCGAUUGCUGAAACUUCUCCAGAAGUGGAAACCACGACUGUUGCUCAAAAAUUAUCUACCUUCCAGUCAAUAAAUGGAUCUCCAAGUACAACGAUUACCCCAAGAACGACUUCCAAAACCACACAAAUUACAACGAGAAAACCUAAACCGACUAUCACUACAACUAAGAGUACUUCUAAACCUUCAACAAAACCUAGUACAAAGCCUCCAUCGAAACCUAGCAAGGGAACAAGCCGGCCUAGGCCAACAGCUAAUACACCUAAGCCGCUUAAAACGAACAAGCCUACUAAAUCUCCAACCAAGAGGCCUGUAGUAACAGUUAAGGUGCCAGUUUCAACAAAAAAACCUACUACUGCAUCAACUAAACCAACAAAAAAACCUCCAACUGUGACAACCAAAAGACCAAGUGCAUCAUCAACUGUUGAACUUACGACUUUCAAAGUAGAAAAUGCAACGGUAGCUACGACUCAAAAACCAACAACGUUGACGACACAGAAACCUGAAGCUGUAACUAUAUCACAGAAAGCUACAACCCUCAUCAGUACAUCAUCUCCAUCUACAGAACAAGUCACAUCAAAUGAUGUAACAGUAGAAGUUACGAGUUCUCCGAAACCUUCAACGUUAUCAAGCACAACACACACUCCAUCUUUUGUAACUUGGACAGUGGACGAAACAACGACAAAGAAAAAUAUUUCGGAAGACAUCGCUGGAACAAUAACAACAACAGAAGAUUGGAGACCAAUCACGACUCCAGAUGGUUGGGUUCUACUUCCAUCCGUUAAACCCGCCACUUCAUCCAGUGAUUCUCCUAAAGAUGAAAUCAUUACGACCUCUUCACCGAAAAAUAAUAUAACAACACCACAGUCAGAAUCAGACACUCCUUCAGCAAAUGUGAAUGUAACGACUUCUUCACCACCAUAUGAUCAUACCAACAGCAGCUCUUUCUUGGAAACGACUAUUUCAACUGAAGAACCUUCGGUAACAGUGUCAACAUCUUCACCUUCUACCCAGCAGACCUUCACUGGAUCCACCCCUGAAGCUGUUAGUACUGAUAGUACAGAAGUAACAAAUACUAUGAAUAUGAGCGACUUCACGUCUGUGUGCGGAAGAAGAAUGUAUCCAGAAGCCAGAAUAGUCGGUGGAGAGAAAGCACCUUUUGGAAAAUGGCCUUGGCAAAUUUCCCUACGUCAAUGGAGAACUUCAACUUUCCUGCACAAGUGUGGCGCAGCCUUGCUAAAUGAAAAUUGGGCCAUCACAGCAGCACAUUGUGUUGACAAUGUGCCACCCAGUGACCUACUUCUGCGUUUGGGGGAGCACGAUCUUUCCACCGAAUCCGAGCCCUACUUGCAUCAGGAACGCAGGGUGCAGAUAGUGGCCUCCCAUCCCCAAUUCGACCCAAGGACCUUUGAAUACGACCUGGCUCUCCUAAGAUUCUAUGAACCGGUGACGUUCCAACCCAACAUCCUUCCGGUCUGCGUGCCACAGAGUGACGAAAACUUCGUUGGAAGGACUGCCUACGUCACUGGAUGGGGCAGACUGUAUGAAGAUGGUCCCCUGCCUUCCGUUCUCCAGGAAGUGUCAGUUCCAGUGGUUAACAACUCGGUCUGCGAGUCAAUGUAUCGAUCUGCUGGAUACAUAGAACACAUACCCCAUAUUUUCAUUUGUGCUGGAUGGAGGAGAGGUGGCUUCGAUUCCUGUGAAGGUGAUUCUGGAGGACCAAUGGUGAUCCAGAGGGAAGACAAAAGGUUUCUUCUUGCUGGAGUAAUUUCCUGGGGUAUAGGAUGUGCCGAACCUAAUCAACCAGGAGUUUAUACAAGAAUAAGUGAAUUCAGACAUUGGAUCAACCAGAUUUUACAGUUUUAGAAGAAAUCAUUGGAAGUGAAUUUUACGAACAUGAAAUUAUAUUCUAUAAUAUUCUAAGAAAAAAAAUGGACAUUUAAUUGCUGUGAAUUAUGAACGAGACGUGGAGUGCGGUAUAAGACUUAACUGUGAAUAGACAAAAAUCGAACUAUAUUUAUUGAUAAAUGUCUGUAAUUGUUAUUAUCUGUUAUUUAUUACCAACAUUGAUUUCCUGCUUAUUGUAAAUUAUUUAUCGAAAUGCCAGAAGAAGAAAUAUAUUUAUAUAGAAAAACCUUCAA